CCUACUAAACUCUUCGAUGAUAUCGGAAGCAUCUGGAUAUCUUCUGCUCAUCUAUCGCCCAGUCCGGAUCUCCCUUUCGUUCGCUCAUCCCCUAGCACCUCUGCUGUUCUGUCUUCAGGUGAAAUGUUUCCGGCUUCAACGAUUUCAAUCUAGCUUUCCAUCUGCAUCAUUCGAUCCUUCUGACCGACGCCUUCUGAUUGAGUCUUUCUUCGUUUCACAUAAACUUCGCAUCUAAAAUACAAACUCUGCUUCUCCUAUUCAAUUUUGUAAGUCUCCUCCGCAAAUGAUUAGGGUUAUGCCCAAGAAACGAAAAACAAGAGGCACGGCAGUAAAAUUAAUGAAGCUGAAACAACUCUCAAGUGAUCUGGGAUAUGAUUCUUUAAUGGAUUUAGGUACUUUCUCAAAGUAAUGAAAUCAGGGUGUGCCUUGACCUUUCCAUCAUGUUAUGCAUUACAGUAUUUUCUGGCCGGGUUCCAUCUUACCCUCUUUUAUGGCAAGAAGAAAAAUCUUCACUUCUUAUUAUGUUCUUUCUUUUUAUUAGGCCUAACAUUUUUAACAUGUCAAUGCUAAGAAAAACUUAUUAUCUGUUUUUUCUUUUUCAGUAAUCAUUUAAAUUCCAUCUCUUCUUGGUUUUUUAUAAUAAUUAAUAGAACAACUGGGAUGUGCGUGCAGGCUUAUGUAAAUUCUUUGGGGGUGGAUUGAGACAUUAAGUCAUUAACCUCUAAUGGCACCAAAGUAAUUAUAUAUAUGUAGUUUCUUAAAAUAUGAGUGUGUGUAUAAUUUUAGAAGAUCUACUUUGUACAACAUAUAGAUUGUGUACAUCUUAUUAUCAUAUGGAGCUUAUGUGAUUGACUUUUCUAUAUUGAUCUAAAAUGGGCUUUUAAACAUCUCAAGCAGAGGUUGGGUUCUAAUAUUUUUUUACUGGAAACAUUGAAGUAAUAUACCCAGAGAAAAGAGAUCAAUUAUGUAAUUCUGCCUUCCCUAGGAGGCUAGGAUAUACUGUUGGAGGUAUUGGUCCUACCAAGGCCUCCCUUCCACUUUAUUAGCUGAGGCUUGCACCCUAUUGAUUUACUCCCUCUUUGACACCUUUACCUUGGUAUAUUACCUGAUCAAUUAUAUACCUGGUUUGCUACCCCAUUGCUUCUGUCCGCUGCAACCUGUUUUUUGGCUUAGCUUAUACCCGUGAGUGUCCUUACCACCUUGUGACUGUCCUUGUUGUCUGCCCAUAGGCUGGCAGCCUACUAUAAGUCAACACUCUUCCUUGCCUUUGGGAAUUAAGCCUGCGUGAGAAACAAACUGAGAGCAGUGUCUUCCUUCUUCCUCUUUGUGAGUUCCUUUGUGGUUAGAAGAAGAGAGUAAAGAGAAUAGGUGUGCUAUAGCUUCCCCUAGAGUGGUGUAUGUGAGUAGUGUGUGUUGAAAGACCUGAGCCGGAGACGGAAGAAAAGAUCCUUACAGUGGUAUCAGAGAGAGGUUCGCCGUCUGCCGCCGUACGCCGCCGUCGCCGCCGCCGUCAGCCACCUCCGUCGAUUGGAGCUCGCCGAAGGACUUGGAGCUGCCUGGUCGUUCGCACGAUCUCACUGAGUUCCCUUUCUCACUGAAAUCGAGCUCGCCGGAAGUUCAAACCACCAUAGCCAGAUUCCAGAAGCUCGCCGUCGCCUGGGAGGUCCGCCACCGCCGCCGAGGAAUCUGCCGCCCCGCCAUCGUCGUCUGGAAGCUUGCCUCCGGUCGCCUGGGUGUUCGUCGUUCGCCUGGCUGCUCGCUGGUCUUGUUCACAGACGGGUCGCAGAAGCCAGACGCAGGCUCUGCAUCUGGAACGACGAAGAAGAAGGCCUGGACCCGUUUUAUUUGCUGAAGCUUGAAGCUGGGUUUUGACUUGCUGACUUUGGAGUUUGGACUGCUGGAGCGGUCAAAUUAAAGCUCUGGGCUAUUGGGCCUUUCUUCUCUGGGCCGCUGGACCUGGGGAAUUACUGGGGCUAAGUUGCUGAUUUGUUGGACUGGAGCUGGGAGCUGGGAGUUGGACUGCCGGGCUGAAGCUACUGGACUGCUUGGACCUGGACUGCUGGGCUGGAGUUGAUGGAACCAGUCAACUGCCGGUCAACCGCCAGUCAACCGCCGGUCAACGGUGGUCAACGCCGGUCAACGGCAGUCAACCCCUCCAGAAAAAUCCCAAUUUUUUAAAUUGGGUAGGUAAGGUCGAAACGCUCUCCUAGGGUUUCGCGAAGGUAAGUUUUCUGUAAACUUCCUAUUUGUUAUAUUCCGAAUUUUAAUUUAAUUUAAUUUAUUCCCCCUCCCCGCGGGCCGCCGGUUGAUUUAAUCCCGGCCGCCAACCCCCCAGGUACGUACUAAACUUUCUCCUUUGUGGUAGACUGUUUUAGUUAAUUAAUUAAAUUGCUUUGUGUUAUUUAAAUUAAUUGUUAUGCAUAGGGGUGAUUUAUUGGGUGGUAGGGGUAGAAUUAAUUAAAUUUAAUUUUUCUGCCUGGAAUUGUUUAAAUUGCCAAAAUGUCCAUUUUUUUUUUGCUAUGUGUUGCAUGCUGCCCGGGGUUAUUAAAGUGAAUACUUUAUAACCCGGGUUGGAUUAUUUUCUGUCAUUUCUAUCUGUUUAGCUUUGUGUUCCUUUGUGGUUGAUACCAUGGCUGCAAAUCAGUAUGGUAUGCUUCCAUUUAAUGGAAAAACAGAUUUUGAUAUUUGGAAACAGAAAAUUAAGUGUGUUUUAAUACAGCAAAAAGUUUUCAGAGCUGUCACUGGUAUUUUCCUAGAAUCAGAAGAUAAGGCUAAGCAAAUUGAAAUGAACGAAACUGCUUGUUCUACUAUUUACUUAAAUCUGUCUGAUUCUGUGCUUAGGAAAGUAGGUAUUCUUGAGUCUGCUAAGGAGUUGUGGGAGAAAUUGGAUAGUCUCUAUACUGAUACCUCUUUGCCCGGGAAGUUGUUCUUACUAGAGAAAUUCUUUAGGUUUAGGCUUGACCUGACUAAGGAUAUAGAUGAGAACCUGGAUGUGUUUAAUAAACUGAUACAGAAUAUCAAACAGGCAGGUGAUAAACACAUAGAUGAUUACACUCCCAUAGUAUUACUUAAUGCCAUUCCCGACUCUUAUAAUGAUGUUAAGUCCGCUAUUAAGUACGGUAGGGAUGAGAUUUCGUUAGACAUUGUUGUGAAUGGGUUAAGGAGUAAGGAAUUAGACCUGAAGCAUGCUAGGGGUAGUGCUAGUCAGUCCAGGGACUCCGGUGAGGCUAUGUUUGUUAGGGGUAGAUCUAAGGGUAGGUCUAAGAACUCUAAGCAAAAUAGUCAGGGUAAGAACGCUAGUCAGCCUGGGAGGAAGAGGAGUAAAUCUAGGAAGAGAGUGUGUUACAAUUGUGGUAACACUGGCCAUUUCAUUAAGGAUUGCCCCCACCCUAAGAAGACCGAGCAUGCUAGUGUAGCUGUUGAUAAAUGUGACCUUGGUGAUAUUUUGAUGGUUUGUGACCAUGUUAACUCUGUGAGAAAUUCCCUGUCUGAGCAUGAAUGGUUGAUUGACUCUGGUUGUACCUAUCACAUGUCCCCCUUUAGAAAUUUGUUUUCUACUUAUGAAUUAUGUGAUAGUGGCUACGUUUCCUUAGCUGAUAAUAAGAGAUGCAAUGUGCUUGGUGUUGGUGAUAUAUGUCUGAAGUUUUCUUGUGGCUCUGUGUUUACCAUUAAGAAUGUGAGGCAUGUCCCUGAUUUGUGUCAUAACUUGUUAUCUGUUGCUGCUUUGGAGAGUAGUGGGUUACAGGGAAAAUGGGGGAAUGGUUGUAUGAAAAUCCUGAAAAACUCGCUUGUUUUGUUUAAAGCUGAGAAGGUGAAUAACCUUUAUGUGUGUCAUGCUAAACCUUUUGCUGAAUCUGUGAAUGUUGUAUGUUCUGAUAAGACCUCUUUGUGGCAUAAUAGGCUAGGACAUAUGAGCAAUAAGGGUUUAGAUGUCAUGCGUAGGGCUGGUUAUUUUGGUAAGGACUCUGUGACUUCUGUGCCUUUCUGUGAAUCAUGUGUGUUGGGCAAGCAACAUAGAGUCAGUUUCCCUCCUUCCUCUUACCCUAAUCAGUCUAAGUGUUCGUCUGUGCUUGAAUAUGUUCAUGCUGAUGUUUGGGGUCCUGCCAGUGUUCCUACCCACGGGGGUAGGAAAUACUUCCUUUCUAUCAUUGAUGAUUUCUCUAGGAAGGUGUGGGUUUGCCUUUUAGAACACAAGUCUGAUGUGUUUGUAAGGUUUAGGGAGUGGAAAACCCUAGUUGAAAACCAAACUGGCAGGAAGGUUAAGACCCUUAGGACCGAUAAUGGGUUAGAGUUCUGUAAUAAGGAGAUGGAUAAGUUGUGUGUGGAUUGUGGGAUAAAAAGGCACAAAACUGUGCCUUAUACUCCCCAACAGAAUGGGAUAGCAGAGAGAAUGAAUAGGUCUCUGUUGGAUAAGGUUAGAAGCAUGUUAGCUACCUCUGGUUUGCUUAAGAAAUUCUGGGGUGAAGCAGUGACUACUGCUGCCUAUUUGGUUAAUAGGUCCCCGUCUGUCCCUCUUGGUGGUAAGUGUCCUGAAGCCGUCUUUACCGGUAAGCCUCUUGAUCUGUCUAACCUUCGGGUGUUUGGUUGUGCAGCGUAUGCACACCAACAGGGUGACAAGUUGGAUCCUAGGUCUAAGAAGUGUGUCUUCCUAGGUUAUCCAGAGGGGGUAAAGGGUUACAGGUUAUGGGAUAGGAACCAGGUAGGCUUUAAAGUGGUCCUUAGCAGAAAUGUGGUGUUCAAUGAAACUGAUUUUCCUUGCUUGACCGAGUCUGUUUCUAAUCUUGAGUCUAGGUCUGAUAGUACUCCUAGUGAGGUGGAGUCUGUCCCUGUUGCUGCUAGUCCUUUAUCUGUUGAUCCUGUUAUCUCUGAUGAUAUUGUUAUGCAUGAUUCUGAUUCCUCUGAGCAUGAUAGUCCCACCACCUCGAGUGAGGUGGAGCAUUUGCAUGAUACUGAGCAUGAUUUGCAUGAUAUGGGUGCUGAAUCUGAUUUUCAUGAUAACAAUAAUUUGCAUGAGUUGCAUGUGGAGCCUAGUAGUGAUAAUUUGAAUGAUUAUCAACUUGCUAGAGAUAGGAGUAGAAGGGCUAUCAGGAGAACUGCUGAUAGUAUGCCUGAUUAUGCUUUCAUUGUGCAUGAUACUUCUAUGUUUGCAUUUUCUGUGUUUGAAUCCCUAGAGCUGAAUGAACCCAAGACCUACCGUGAAGCCUUAGGUUCCAAAGAGUCUCAGAAAUGGAUUAGUGCCAUGAAAAGUGAGAUGGACUCUUUGAGAGUGAACCAGACUUGGACCCUUGUACCUAGACCCCCCAACUGUUCGGUAGUUGAGUGUAAGUGGUUGUUUAAGGUUAAGGAAGAACCUAGUGAUGUUAGGUUUAAGGCUAGGUUGGUUGCGAAGGGGUUUACUCAAAAAGAGGGGGUAGAUUAUGCAGAAAUCUUUGCUCCUGUUGUUAAAUUCACCACUAUUCGUAUGAUGCUGGUUUUAGUUGCUCACCAUGACUGGGAAAUGAAACAGAUGGAUGUAACUACUGCAUUUUUGCAUGGUGAAUUGGAUAAAACAAUUUAUAUGACCCAGCCUGAGGGCUUUGUGGAUCCCAAGAGAAGUGAGCAUGUCUGUUUGCUUAGGAAGACUUUGUAUGGCCUGAAGCAAUCCCCUAGGCAGUGGAACAUCAAAUUUGAUAAAUGCAUGAUAUCUUUGAAGUUCCAAAAAUCUGUUUGUGAUCAUUGCCUGUAUUUCAAGAAUACUUCCUCUGUGCCUGUAUUUUUGUUACUCUAUGUGGAUGACAUGCUGAUAAUUAGUCCUUCUCUGAAUGCUAUUAAAGAUGUGCAGAAAUGUCUUUGUGCGAAUUUUGCCAUGAAAGACCUAGGUGAUGCCAAGAGGAUCCUAGGCAUAAACAUUGUUAGGGAUAGGAGUAAGCGUACUCUUACUUUGAAUCAGAUUUCUUACAUAGAAAAAGUUUUGAGUAAAUUCAAUAUGUUAUCUGCUUCUCCUGUUAAUGUCCCUAUGGCAUCUCACUUUGUGUUAAGUAAGGAUCAGUCUCCCAAGACUGCUCCUGAAAUUGAGAAAAUGAAAUCUGUGCCUUAUUCCAGCGCAAUAGGGUCGGUGAUGUAUCUUAUGGUUAGCACUAGACCUGAUAUUGCAUAUGCGGUUAGUUGCUUGAGUAGAUAUAUGUCCAACCCUGGUUUGCCCCAUUGGAAUGCUCUUAAGUGGUUGCUUAGAUAUCUGAUUUCUACUGUGAAGCAUGGAUUAAUUUUCUCUAAAUGUGCUAGUGGUAUUGAAUUGAUUGGUUAUGUUGAUUCUAACUAUGCAAAUGAUAGAGAUAACAGGAAGUCGACCACUUCUUAUGUUUUUACUUUGUGUGGCUCUUGCAUUAGUUGGAAGUCUCAACUACAGCCUAUUGUGGCCCUUUCUACCACUGAGUCUGAGUAUGUUGCAGCCACAGAAGCGUUUAAGGAAGCCAUCUGGCUCAAACGCCUUGUCUCCGAAAUUGGGUUUCUCAAAAAGGGAGUUACCAUUUUCUCGGAUAGCCAAUCGGCUAUCCAACUUUGCAAAAAUCCUGUAUUUCAUGAUAGAACUAAGCAUAUUGAUGUUAGGUUCCAUUUCAUACGUGAUAUUGUUGAUGCAGGUGGAGUCAAGCUGUGCAAGAUCCCGUCGGAGUUUAACCCCGCGGAUAUGGGUACCAAGUGUCUUUCUGCUGAGAAGCACUUGUCCUGUAAACGCGUGUUAAACUUUGACUGUGGAUAACUGUGGGUUGCCUAAUAAAGUGUUUGCCCGUUGUGUCUGUUGAUAUUCCGGGUGACCCGGCGAUGAUGAGUCUUGUCACAACUUUGUUUUGUUACUCUACACCACCUAGGACCAAUAAGGUGGAGAAUGUUGGAGGUAUUGGUCCUACCAAGGCCUCCCUUCCACUUUAUUAGCUGAGGCUUGCACCCUAUUGAUUUACUCCCUCUUUGACACCUUUACCUUGGUAUAUUACCUGAUCAAUUAUAUACCUGGUUUGCUACCCCAUUGCUUCUGUCCGCUGCAACCUGUUUUUUGGCUUAGCUUAUACCCGUGAGUGUCCUUACCACCUUGUGACUGUCCUUGUUGUCUGCCCAUAGGCUGGCAGCCUACUAUAAGUCAACACUCUUCCUUGCCUUUGGGAAUUAAGCCUGCGUGAGAAACAAACUGAGAGCAGUGUCUUCCUUCUUCCUCUUUGUGAGUUCCUUUGUGGUUAGAAGAAGAGAGUAAAGAGAAUAGGUGUGCUAUAGCUUCCCCUAGAGUGGUGUAUGUGAGUAGUGUGUGUUGAAAGACCUGAGCCGGAGACGGAAGAAAAGAUCCUUACAUAUACCAACGGUGUUUAUAAAAUUUUACUGGUCCUCUAGACCUCCUUUUAGCCUUCAAAUUCUUUUGGUGGACUCACGCUUUAAGGCAUGCAAACAAUUCUGGUGCAGUUUGCAAGCUUAAUUUCAUUAAUUUGUCAACUCCCACUUAUGCAGACUAUUUUGAAAGGUCAUACGACUCAUACUAUUAACUCUGGACAGCAUCCUAGAAGGCCCUGUUACUCAGCGUAGAAUACCCCGUUGAUAAAGUUCAAGUUAAAAUAAUCUAGAUAAUGCAUCGGAAGAGUUGCUCGUGAUACGGAGUACCCAGGUGCAUCCUUUUUUUUAACACAGAAUAACACCAGAAUUUAUAUAGCUUAAAGUUGUUAUAGUCCAAGAGGUCCAGAAAAUAGCAAAGGCCAUCAUCAUAAAUAAUAUGGCGGAAGAAUUGAAUUGUCUCUGAACUUGGUUCGUAGGCCAAUUACAAUUAUGCACAACUAAAGGGGCCAAGAGGAAGCAGUUCAACCCGAAUAUGUUCAGAGAAUGGUUGGGUAUUACUUGGCCUGCUGAUGUACUCAUGUACCCUCUUUUUGUACUCCUGCCUCCUGGGGUCCUGAAUAAAGAGAUGAUAACCUUCAGUCUGAGCUGGAUCAGCAGGAUUGGCAGAUCUAGCAAGUCUUGAAUACCAACGAGAUUCUGCUCAUAGAUACAGGGAUCGCUAACAUAGCCGCGUUUUCCGUUCCGGAUCGCGCGUACCGGAUCGCGCGUACCGGAUCGCGGUACAGUUGCGUGCCGGUCGCUUCUGGUUCGCGACUCCGGUACGGCGGAUUCCGGUUGCCGUCCA